AUGCAGUCCCUGGCAGAGGAGAUCCAGAGUUUCUCUCGGACACGACUGAAGAAGCAGUGCACCCGUGUGACAUCCCUGAGCGGCCGCCGCAUCAUUGAGACUUGGAAGGGUUCUACGAUCACAGUGGUUGAAGACCCCGUCCCCACAGAGAGGAUGCUGGGAUAUGUCCCUGAUACUUCCUGGGAUGUGCAGGUUGGCAUGGUCAAGCCCUACCUGCUGCUGGGUUCUCAAGAUGCUGCACAUGACUUUGGCACUCUGAGAAAACACAAGGUGUCCCACAUUCUGAACGUGGCCUUUGGUGUGGAAAACGUGUUUCCUGACCUGUUCAUCUAUAAGACCGUCAGCAUUCUGGAUCAUCCCGACACUGAUCUGCUGCCUCACAUCCAGGACUGUUGUGACUUCAUCCAGCAGGCUCUCAGAGAGAAAGGUGUGGUGUUGGUCCACUGUAAUGCUGGUGUCUCACGGGCACCGGCAGUGGUCAUUGGCUACCUAAUGUCAUGUGACAACCAGUCCAUUGAUGAUGCCCUCUCGUUGGUCAAGUCAGCUCGUCCUGCCUCGUGCCCCAACCCCGGCUUCCUGGAACAACUGAGGAACUACAAAACACCAAUGAUGAAUGGAUCCAAACACUAA